AUGGGUUUCCUACAGCGUGUCAAGCGCCAGCAGACUCUCGACUCUCCUCAAUCUGACGAAACCACCCAUCAAGUAAACCCAGAUCCCAAAUCUGGCCGAGAUAUCGAAUCCACCAUCCAUACCGAGACCAUACCAACCACUUCCUCAUCGAAAUGGAUCCUCUCCCGGUCCGGCGACGGCGACACCGCCAUGGCCCUCUUCGCCUCCCCAGCCGACACUCACGAGCCCUACACCGCGGAGGAAGAAAAGAAACUUGUCCGCAAGAUCGACUGCAUGAUCCUGCCUUAUCUAGCGGUCUGCUACGCUUUCUUCUACAUCGACAAAACGACACUGUCGUACGCUGCUAUCUUCGGCAUUAGAGAGGACCUGGAUCUGCAUGGGGAUCGGUAUAAUUGGCUGAGCAGUAUAUUCUACUUUGGAUUUCUGGUGUGGGCGUUCCCGACCAAUUUCUUGAUGCAGAGAUUGCCGGUUGGAAAGUAUCUGGGUGCGAAUAUCUUCUUGUGGGGGGUAUUUUUAAUGCUGCAAGCUGCUGCCAAGAACUUCACGCAACUUGCGGUGCUGAGAGCGAUCAGUGGAGCGGCUGAGGCUUGUUCGGAUCCUUCGUUUAUGCUAAUUACGAGCAUGUGGUACACUCGCAAACAGCAACCCGUCCGUAUAGGAUUGUGGUACACAGCGAAUGGUUUUGGCAUCGCUUUGGGCGGCCUGUUGGGCUAUGCAAUCGGACACAUCAAAGGGGCUCUACCGUCAUGGAAGUAUGAGUUUUUGAUCAUAGGAGCGCUAUGCUCCGCCUGGGGCAUCGUCAUGUUCAUCUUCCUGCCCGACUCACCCGUGAACGCUCCUCUCCUCACGCCUCGUCAACGUCGCAUCGCCGUCGAGCGUCUUCGCUCCAACCAAACGGGCGUCGAAAACAAGCACCUCAAAGGCUACCAAGUCGUCGAAGCCCUCAAGGACCCCAAGACCUGGUUCUUCUUCGUCCUCGGCGCAAUCCACAACACGCCCAACGGCGGCAUCUCCAACUUCGGCACCAUCAUCAUCAAAGGCUUCGGCUACUCCACCCUCGUCACCACCCUCCUCCAAGUCCCCUACGGCAUCCUCAUCGCACUCUUCAUCCUCUCCUGCGUGUAUUUGAACAACCACUUCUCCUCCCAGCAGCGCCAGACCCGCUGCUGGUUUAUCCUACUCUACACCCUGCCCAACAUCGCCGGCACCUUCGGCCUGCGCUACAUCCCGCAGCAACACCACAUCGCCCGCCUUUGGUGCUACUACCUCACAGGCGCCUACAAUGCGUCUUUCGUGCUCGUGCUCAGUCUCGCCGUCGGCAACACCGCAGGCCACACCAAAAAGGUCGUUACCAAUGCGUUCCUCUUCCUGGGGUACUGCGUGGGCAACAUUGCGGGCCCGUUCUUCUACAAGGCGAGUCAGAGCCCGACGUACGAGCUGGGGAUCUGGAGCAUGAUUUUCUGCCACCUGGCGGAGUUUGCGAUUGUGCUGGCUUUUAGGUGUUAUUUGAAGUGGGAGAAUGGGAAGAGGGAGAGGGUGUUUGGGGCGCAGGGGGAUGUGGAUGCGACGGCGUUUGGGGACUUGACGGAUUGGGAGAACACGAAUUUUAGGUAUGUGUACUAG